AUGGCUGUGUUCACGGAGAAGGUGCUCACUGGCCGGCCACAUUUCGCCAGCUGGCAUGGCUUGCUUGGUGGCCUCGUCUUGUUGCAUGCGAUCUUCCAGACAAUACUUGGCUGCUGUCUGCAUCAGACGCGCACGCAUCGGCCAGUACAUCAACAGCAGGCUCGUGGUGGAUCUCUUUACACCCCUCAAACGCCCAACAUUUUCGUGUUAUCUAAAGCCUGGAUCCCCAGCCUCCGGCUGGCCCAUGUCACCUCAGGUGGGCUCUUUUUCCUCCUCUCCAGUGCAACCAUGUGUCUGGGCCUAAUCUCUUCUUGGUUUACUCGAAGUCUGGCCGUUGCACUUGGCCUCUCCCCACCAGAGCCUGGCAGUUCAUUUGCCCUCUUUGAUACUACUCUCCUAGUCGUUUUGGGCCUGGCUGGAUUGGCUAUCGUCCUCCCCAGCUUAAUUGUCGUUAAGCAGGUGACUGAUUCGCACCUCCAUGGUCUACAGACGCUUUGGCGAUCAUCUCAACGCCGGAAGACAUCUGAUUUUGCCGCUGCCAAAGGUGCCUCAAUCAGAGCUGGGAUGACUUCACCCUUGGCUUUGCAUUCAAAUAACCGGGAAAGUUCUGGGAUGGCCAAAGAAAAAGGCCUUAAACAAAAAACGCCAACCAAUGCCACUGACGGCAUUCGCCGGCGAGGCAAGCAGACACACAGGAUGGAAGUGAAUGGGGAGGGCGCCGUCGCUUCUGGUGAUAAAAAUGGAAUCCGUCGUCGUCGCCGAGGUCGACAACGAGGUGCUUUGGAGUCUCAGAAGCAGCAGCAGCAGACGUCUAAGAAGAAGAAGAAGGGCUCUAACAACAAGAAAAAGUAG